GCAAGAGUGUGUACUUCGUGUGAAGUGAGAAAUGGAACAUCGUCUGCUAGACUCCGUAUUGUACGCUGCUAGAAUCUGUGUAGAACUAGGCUACUGGAAAGUAGAUCGAAAUCAAGUAGCAGAACUGAAGAAGUUAAGUCAAAGCUGGAGAAACAAGCCCAUGGAGCAGUAGAUCUACACAGUGAGAAGUGAUGAAAGAGGAAAAAAGGUGGACAGUCUGAACAUCACAUGUCAGUAUGGUUGAAACAGUUUACCAGCAACUCUACAAAAUUGAGAUUUCCUAGUCACUGUCCAAGUUUGAGAUAUGCUCUUCAGAAAUGGGGAAAGGAAGCACUUUUUGGCUUCUUAGCCUGUUCAAAAGAAAACAGUGGCUGUGUUUAUUUGCUGUCUUCCUCUUGAUCAGUUUUAUUAGUUCUCUCAUCUACACAUUGCAGAAAAACAGUAAUUAUACAAAAUUAAAGCUAGGAUCUCUGUCACAAGCAUUUUAUCUCAGAGUUUCACAUCAUCUUGAAAACUGUGUUUACGAAUUGAAUGAUACUACAAAAGGACCAAUUAAAGCAGACACCAGAUUGAUUCUUAAGUAUGAAGAGAUACGAGAGGACCUGUCACACAGUCUCAAGCUUGGUGGACACUUUAGUCCCACAUCUUGCAAAUCGAAACAUAAAGUCGCUGUCAUUGUUCCAUUCAGGGAUAGAGAAGUGCAUCUUAAAAUAUUUCUCAUUCACAUGCAUCCAUUUCUUCAGAGACAAAACAUAGAAUACAGUAUUAUCAUAGUAGAGCAGGAAGCUGGUGUUCCUUUUAACCGAGCUCUUCUGCUGAAUGUGGGUUUUGUGGAGGCUUUAAAGAUUCAUGAUUUCACUUGCUUUGUUUUUCAUGAUGUGGACCUUUUGCCACUGGAUGACAGAAUCCUGUACACAUGCAGUGAUGAGCCUGUCCACUUGAGUGCUACCAUAGACAGCCAUGGAAAUAAGUUGAUGUACCAGAAUAUAUUUGGUGGAGCUUCCAUGAUGACCAAAGACAUGGUUGAGAAAGUAAAUGGGUUUUCCAAUCUUUAUUUUGGUUGGGGUGGUGAGGAUGAUGACAUGUCUUACAGGGUUAGGAGUCAUGCCAUGAUGAUAGUUCGUUAUGCUCCUGAAAUAGCCAAGUAUACAAUGAUGCGACAUGCCAAAGAAAAUCAAGAAGACAGAACUAGUCUUUUCUCUUCAAGUAAGAAAAGAAUCCAUCAUGAUGGUUUGAACACAUUGAACUAUCAGCUGUUAGAACUUAAGCUUCUCCCAUUGUAUACAUGGCUGUAUGUUAGAGUAAAUAUGACACAGAUGUUAGACAACCCAUAUUUAUAUAACUCUAGUAGUUGAAAGAAUGGCUGCUUUCAUAUCUUGUACUUUCUAUGGAAUAAGUUCAAAGCAAUAAAUGGAUGAAAUAUUACAUUAGUUAAAAGAAGACCUUUAGAAGAUGUCAAUUUAUAUUGUAAAAAAUGUGUUUAAAUAAUUUGAAUAGCAAACUACCCUAAAUCAGUUUUAUCUGGCCAUAGUUUAAAACAGCUUUGGUAUAUAUAUUGUUACGAUUCUCUCCUAAUCAGGCCUUCUGUAAACACUGCUAAACACAACACAUCAACACAUCAAGAACUUGACAACAAGGCUCCAAAUAAUCUGGUACUUUAAUAAGGGUCAAAUAAAACAGCCAAUAUAACACAAUUGGCAACACGAUCAACUACUACAAAGUUAGACUGUAUAUCACUGUACUAAACUCAUAACUCUACUGUCUCUUCCUGGACUCGUACGUUUCUUUGGAGGACUGCACCAGGACUGACUUCAUGGUCGAAUAACAGUCCCGGUCUUAACGCUCUCUGGUCUUGAACUGCCGCUUUCUUACACACUGUGUCUCUGGUCUGCGCAGGCUUAUGAUCAGAUGACCAUAACAUGGGUGCUAUUCACUUGCAAAGUUCAUGCCAGUACUGUCCCUUGCCUUUCAAUAUAGCCCACUAAACUGUAUUACUGGCCUGUGUCACCUAUGUCAGCUAAUCACACACAGUUAACUCAUUUGCGCCGCGAAUAGGGUUAUAACAAUAUUGUUGUGUAUGUAUAAAAAAUAUUUUUAACAUUGUGAUAAACAUGUUUUUUUUGUUUUGUUGAACUGUAUGUUUAGUUCCUUUUUUUUUAAACACAUGUACAGUUUGAAAAAAUGAAUGUUAUUGUAAAAUUUAUAAAUGUAGUUGUUUCAAUGUAUGAAAAUGUUUACUCUACUUUGAUAAAAACAUCUUGCUGUAAUGAUUGCCUUAUUAACAUGAAUUUAUGCUGUAAUUAUUGCCUUAUUAACAUGUAUUUUUGCUAAGAGCUAAUAUAAUGGUGUUAUUGUUUUGAUAUGCAACAUGUUAAUUAUUUAUAAGUUUAUUUUUAAAACUUAUAAAAUAUUUGUACUUGUUGCUGGAGAUAAUCAAUUAUAUAGUAUUAUAUGGUAUAUGAUUAUAUAAUCUCUUAAAUGUUAUUAUAUAGGCCUAUAUGCUAAAAAAUGAAUUUUGAUUUUGCUAAUAAUAUAAAUCUAUGUCCCUGCUGCAUUAGUUAAUAGGCCUAUAAGACCCUCAAUCAAUGUAUAUAUUGAUAUAGGCCUCUGGCUCUAAACAAAGCACUGUGUAUAAUCUAUAGCUAAAUAAACAUUGUAUUUUAUUGUUCAAAAUUUAAAUAUCUUUUCAUUAAUACCUAUGUUGAAUUUUUGUUUUCUAAUGAGUUUGAAUAAAACUU